GUUAAGAACUUUUAUAAAAGACCAGUGGCAAGUCCAAGUCAAUCCCAAUAAUCCAGCAUCAAGUCUUGUAUCUAAUACUAAUUUAGACAAUAUUAUUAAGUUAGUUGAAGUCAAUUUAAUUGAUUUAUCUGAUGAAUAUUUGCAUUUAAUAAACACAAUUCCUAAUUUGCCUAACCUUACCUAUACAGAAAUUAUUAGUUUUUCUGUUUUCCAAUUACAGCAGAAGAGGAACAAACAGAAAAAACCUGAAAUAAAAAGAAGCAAUCAUUUUAUAGUUUUUAAAAACUUUUUAAACCAUUAUAUUACAAGAGAACUAGGACAAAAUUUAACUUUAACAGGGGUGUCAUUAGUUGGUAAAAAAACUGAUGAAUGUUUUAACAACAAGAAGAAGAACCUAAUGAAGAAAAAAAAGAAAAAUAUUCAAUCAACUAGAGUUGCACCUGUUGUCAUUUAUACCUCUAACAGUACUAAUAAUUCUAUCUCUUACCAAACUACAACAACUAAUAAUCUUUUUGAAGACUUAUCAGACAAUGAUAAAACUAUUAUCGAAUCACUACCUGAAGAACUAAACAAUGAAGAAAAAGAUAUUAGUAAUUUAGACCUUGUCCAACAAGCUCUAGAUGAUAUUAAUAAAGCUAUAUAUAGCAUUUUUACAAAAUCUACCCCUUGCUAA